UAAAGAUGCCCAACCCACCAAGCCAGUGACUCCAAGAAAAGCCUACAACAUUCCCACUGAAUCCCUCAUCCACAAUGAACACUUCAGAGGCCACCCUGUCCCUUUGGGCCAUCCAUGUCAACUCCAGUCCCGUUUCAUACCUCCUCAACGCCACCGAGACCCCAUCCCACGGCAAGCCCAAAGCAUGCGAGCAGCUCAACAUCGCCACCGAGGUGUUCCUCAUCCUCGGCAUCGUCAGUCUGCUGGAGAACAUCCUGGUCAUCUGCGCUAUAGUGAAAAACAAAAACCUCCACUCGCCCAUGUACUUCUUCGUCUGCAGCCUGGCCGUGGCCGACAUGCUGGUGAGUGUCUCCAACGCUUGGGAGACCAUCGUCAUCUACUUA